AUGGGUACGAAAAUUCCGGUGACUAGACAGUGGAAUCGUUGUAACAAAAAGGAAUGGAGAGAAGAGGUAAAGUGGAGUAUCCCGCAUAUAUACAGACUUCUCAACUCACACAAACACGAGCAGCAGAGAUUUUUUAACAUACAUUCUGCUUUCGAUGGAUUAAUAAAGUUAAUCUACUUCAAGAACAAGGCAGUUAAUACCAUUGCAAGCUUUUAUCUGAUGGAUAAGUAUAAAAAUAUUUAUCUUAUCAAUUGUCAUUCAAAAGAAAGAUUGCAUUUUGACACGAUUGCAAAGUUAUCGACAUCAGAAAUAUUCUUAGCCGUUACAAGGUUGUUAGAAUAUUCACAUUUCUGUCGUGAUAGUCAUGCUUCCAGCUGCGCCUUAGCGAAAAACAAAACAAUAUCCGUUGGAAAAAUGACAUUGUCUAUUAAAGUCCGGUGUUCUCCCCAAAUACUCAAACCAGAAUUUCCUGAAAUUGUCUUAAAAAAUCUGCUGCAAAAGAAAAAGGUCCUUUUCUUGACCAUCAAGACUGCUUAUUUUCCCAUAAAGAUUCCCAUUCCCUAA